AUGGAGCAAGUCGCUGCGGCACGGCGACCUGCAGCCGCCACGAGCAGUCAACGACAGGAGCCUGCGUCGCUGAACGAGACACGUCCCACGAGCUUAUCAUUUUUGAAGACUGAAAUAGUGGCGGCAGUUUCUUCCCUUCUCGUUUUCUGGCUAGCCGGUAGAGGCCACCAAGCGAACACUGGGAAGCGUGCAUCGCCACGGUGGCUCUGGCAGUUAUCGCGGGCGCUGCGUGCACUCCUCGUGUACGAGGGCGUUCGUGUUGGGCUUGGCCAAGGUCAGUCGCUAUGUCAGUGGCUGCGGGUGCAACACCAGCGUGCCCAACGACUAGCAGACGCUGUCUCUGACCUGGGCGAGGUCACUGCGGAGGCUGCUCGCGACCUGCGCUCUGCGUUUGCUCCCGAUACUGCGGACGCAGCUGCGACCGAACGUCUGGAGCGCUUGCUCUCUUUGCUCUGCCGAGAACCCGUGCGGUCGCUUCUGGCGGACCUUGUGAGCGCUGCGGUGCGUGCAGCCCGUGAGCACGACACAGCACCGCAGCGGUCUCUGAGCCGGCCAGCGGCGGCUGCGUCGCCACUCGGGCUACGUCCAUCAUUGGUUGCAGUCUUCCGCGAGCUGCACUCGAAGAACACACCACAGGAGGGUGCAACAGCGAAGCUAGAAGGACAAAAGCGUCGCAAUGGGCUUUGGGGGUCAUCGAACGGCACCACCGGGCACUGGUCCACUGAGUGGUUGUCGCUUCUGAUCGAUAGCGGCGAGUCGGGGCUACGUUUCACCCAAACCAUUGUUUGUGCCGCCGUCUCUGAAGCUGUUCGAGCGCAUCUGGCUGCUGACCAGGAAGAACGUUCGCAGAGACGCGCGGCAAGUGGUGUCGCUGAUGCUGCACGGUUUCGUUUCCUGUCGGUGCUUUUGAAUUUCGCUUCCACCGAAGCGGGACGCCGGCUUGUCAGCGAGAGCGUCGCAGCUGCUGUUGCAGCCGCUAUGCCUAUCCUGCUGGAGGAUGGCGGCCAGGAACGUCAUCCUGACCAUGGUCGCUCGAUGGGGGUUGCUUCGUCUCCGUCGCCACGGUUGGCGAGACCGGCUGAUGCGGCACGCGCUUUAGCAGUGACUUUUGCAUCGGAAUGCUUGCCGUCUGAAGCGACACCGGUUCGCGCGCUACAUGCUUCACGAGACCGGGCACCUCUGCGAGACAUAGCGAGUUCGGCGUCGGACCUUGAUCGGACGCAAACGAUGGUGGAGAGCUCGCCAGUGGCGGUGUCGACGACCGCUGCUAGCGCACCGACGUCGCCGUUUCUCGAACGAAUCACCCGAGUGGCUCUGCAAGAGAAGGAGGUUUUAAAGGAGGUGGCCUCUGCGGCAGUCUCUGAGGCAGUACGCUCCUAUUUGCUGACCAUGAACGAAAUGCACUUUCGUCAGCAGCAGCAGCAGCAGCAGCAGCAACAGCGACUUGUGCGUCGACAAGAGUAUUCACCAUCGCUGGACAAGUGUCACACAACGCCAGACAGCGGUGCCAUGAACCGAGCAGAUGGCGCACCUGUUCAAACAGCUGCAAAAAUGAAUGACAUGUUGUCCAGACGAGAUCGUCUGGACCAGGCCUCAACGAUUGCGUAUCAUCCUGCGCUACAGGGCAGUUUAUCGUCAGCGCUCUCGAUGGUGCCGCUGCAUGCCCUUGAGAAGCUCAUCAGUAGCGCACUGAAACGCCUUUUGAUCGGAGGCUGGACGACAUUGCAGCAUUCCACGGCGGUAUUGCAACCGCCCUUGGACGCGCCAAGAUGGCUCUUCUGGUGA